AUGCACGAAAUGACGGGUAACUACAAUGCUCAUUCUUCGGUACAAUUGAAUAUAAUCGAUACAACAAAAUCAUUUAUUGAACAAGAUAUUGAUACGCAUGACAUUACUCGAUUUUUAAUCGCCGAUUUUGGUUCUGUUCAUGGACUCAACUCCAUUUAUGCUAUGAAAAUAAUUAUUCAAGCUUUGAAAGACACAAAGAAAAUUCACGAUGAUGCAUCUAUUCUUGUCGUUCACAAUGAUUUAUCAACGAACAAUUGGACAAAUCUUUUCGAAUUACUAAAUCAAGAGAAGUUCUACUAUGGUGUAGCCAGUGGUCGAUCAUCAUUAUGA